AUGUUAUCUUCUGAAGAAAAAGAAAGGGAGAAAUCAUCGUCUUUGGACAAUUUCAACGACCCUUCUCGCUCGAACCAAAAUGAUGAGUCACAUGACAGAACCCCACCACAUUCUGCUGAACACGAUGUUGAUCAAUCCGAAAAACAAAAUCUCCAAAAUCAUCUUCAAAAUCAACCUUCGGAUCGUAAAAAUGGUAUGAUUUCUCUUCAAGCCGAUGAUGUAACUCAAGAUCAAACAUCGGAGGAGUCCCAGAAAAUCCAAGAGUCGCCCGAAAACGGAGCAACUUCAGAUCAAGCAUCAGAAAAAAUCCAAAAAAUCCAAGAUUUGUCAGCAACUCGAGAUCAAACAUCAGAGAAGCUCCACAAAUUCCAAAAUUUUUCGCCCGAAAAUGGAAUAACUCAAGAUCAAGCAUCAGAGAAACUUCAGAAAAUCCAAGAUUUGUCGACCGAAAACGGUGCAACUCAAGAUCAAGCAUCAGAGAACCUUCGUGAAUUCCAAGAUUUGUCGCUCGAUAACGGUGUUACUCAUGAUCAAGAGAAGCUUCAAGAAAUCCAAGAUUUGUCGCCCGAGAACGGUGCAACUCACAAUCAUGAGAAGCUUCAAGAAAUCCAAGAUUCGUCACCUGAAAAUGGAGAAAAGCUUCAUGAAAUCCAAGAUUUGUCUCCAAAAAAUCAUUUUUUCAGCGAUGAUCAAUCAGAAACAGAAUCGACCGAUUUAACGAUCAAUUCUCGUGACGAAACAUCCGUUGAUAAGUACUGGGAUGAUGCCAACCCUUUUGAAGAGAAGUUUAAAGAAACAGGCGAAUGGGCAACUUAUGAAGGAUUGAAUGACUUUGAUAAAAAUUUCGAUUUUCAAAAAGGUGGUGAAGAAUUACUUUUCGGUGGAAAGCUCAAAAACGAAAUUCUAGAAAACGAAAAUCAAAGGUCAAUCGUAAAAACUUUACGAGAUCGUGAAUUACCCGAUGAAUAUUUCGUCGAUGGUCUUUACGUGGGACCAAUUGAAGAGCUUCCUCCUUUCGGAAAACUUUGCUAUCUGUCCGGUUAUUAUUCUGAACAAUUCGUGAACCACAUCACUAACGCGAUUAGCAUCAUUGAUCGUACAACUGGAAUCCCAGUUGGGAGAUGGUUCCAUAGGUCCUUCUCACUUACAAGCUGGAUGGGACUUGAGGGACGUGAUAUACGCGAUCAAAGUGUUAUCGAGUAG